AUGCCUACGAUUGCUUCCGACGAACAUUCUUCUGCCCAUGAACAACAUCAUGGUUCCGUCGUCCAUCAUCCAACCGAACGUUGUUCGGGAUGCAAUGCCUCCAACUUGUCACUCUUAGCAUGCGAUGAUCCUGAUUUCCGGAAUCUCAGCAACGUUCCUGGAACCAAACCGCGGUUCUGUGCCAAUUGCAUGAUUGGCAAAAAGGUCCGGGUCUUUUGGCCAGUAGACAGUAGCUGGUACACGGGUGUUGUGCUGCAGUAUGACGCCAACACGGGGGAACAUCUUCUCAAAUACGAAGAUGAAGACACAGAAUGGGUAAAGAUUGGGGAAAGUAAUACCUGUGCACCUCCAGGCGGAUCCGUUCAAGAUCCAUCCUUGCCGAAUGACGAAGCUGGCUUGGAAAUGCCUUCUCACCCUCCUCCUCCUGGCAAUGAUGGGAUGGAUCACCAUCGCAAGAGCGAUGUUCAGCCCCAGCCGCCUCAUACGCAAGGAUCUUUCGCCUCGGCCGAACAUCCACCCGGAAGAAAUACUCCGGACCGUCAAUGGCCCAUGGAACAACCACGUCACAUUCACCCCGAUGGUACGCCUCCUGGGUAUGGCAUGUACCCCGGCGCUGGUGGUGGCGGAUAUGGAAUGCAUCCCGAACAUUAUCCUCCAUCCAGCUACCAUCAUCACCACCCACAUCAUCCUCCUCCCCAUCACAUGACCCCCAGUCCAUACGGUGGUCCUCAAUACCAUGGCUAUCCACCUCCAGUAAUGGGCCUACCUCCGGGAUUGGUGAGCAGUGCACGAGACGACUCGCAUCGGCAUUCUCCUCAUCCCUCCAAGGCGCCAUCAGAGCCCAGCUCCUCACCAACAUCCAUGACUGGGAGUGUGACCAAGCGGAAGGCAGGCCCGAAGGCGUGGACCAAAGAAGAAGAUGCCAAGUUGCUGAGUAUUGUACAAAGCAUGCGCAUGCCUAUGAAAUGGUCCAUUGUAGCUCAGUCGUUGCCGGAUCGUACUGGUAAACAAUGUCGAGAGCGCUACGUGAACCACCUCAACCCGCGCCUCAAGGUAACGGAUUGGAGUCCGGUCGAAGAUGCCACAAUCUUUUACUUUUACAACAUUUCUGGGAGCCACUGGGCCAAAAUGAGUCGGGGAAUUCCGGGGCGAACCGACAAUGGGAUUAAAAAUAGGUUCCACAAUCUCCGUCGACAGCUGGAACGAGAAGAUGAACACCGUUUGCGGCUCAGUACAGCAGAGAACUUCCCCGAGGAGAUUCGUCUAGACCGCAUACGAGACUUCCCCGAAAAGCUGCAGGGCAAAGCAGCCGAUUUGUGGGACAUGAAGAACGGGAUUGGCGUCUUGGCAGCACAGAGCGUUCUAGGUGGUAGCAUUUCUCGAAACUCGAGUCGGUUUGGUCCUUUUCGCAAGGCAGAAGACGGAGACAUGUGUGUCAGAUGCGGAAUGCUCAUGCCCAGUCUUCACACUGGCUCCGAGCUGUGCACCAAGAGCGGUUGGUGCCAGAGCUGCACGCGCAUCCCUCCACACAUUUGCUGCAACUUGCUGCGCGAAUGUCUGAACCUCCGACGAGAACAAGACACCAAACUUCGGGAUGUCAUUGAAUCCUGGGAAGAAUUCUUUGGCAACGGAGAACAAAGCGAUGGAGAGCAGAAAUCUGAAUGA